CCAGGUUCACCAAGGGACUUAGACCGUCCUGGAGAGAGACCAUGGCAUCCACGGCAUCUAUCCUGCUGUUCAUGCUCCUGGCUUGGCUUGCUCACGGGCAGAGACAAAGGAGGCCCCCAACCCCUGAGAGCCCCUUUGAGAAGAUCAAGCUACAGAAGAACUUUGACUUCCAGCAGUUUUCAGGGAAGUGGUUCCUGGUUGGUGUGGCCUCCAGAUGUGACUACCUGAGAGAAUAUAAUCACCAGCUGGAAGCAACAGCCAUGGCGGUGUCUGCCUCCGACGGGACGUCACUGGCCAUCAGCACCUUCCGAAAACUGGAUGGGGUAUGCUGGGAGAUUAAGCAACAGUACCGCUCCACCAAGGCCCAGGGGCGAUUCCUCCUGAGAGGCCGUGGCAGCAACGUGGAUGUAUUGGUGGGGGAGACAGACUACAGCAGCUACGCCAUCAUGUACUACCAGAAGCACCGGAAGAUCUCCAUCAAGCUUUAUGGACGCAGUGUCCGGGUCAGUGAUGCCAUCAUGGGAAAAUUUGAGCAACGUGUCACAGAGCUGAACAUGAGUGAGGACUUCACUUACUACUUCCCCACAUAUGGAUUCUGUGAGUCUGCAGAUCAAUUUCAUCUGCUUGAUGAAAUGAAGAUCUAAGUGAAGAGAGAAAUGCCAGAGAUCCAAGGAGCCAACUAGCCAUGUUUGCGGUCAGGCUGAGUGCAGGGGCCUGGCCACGGCUACUGCUAGUGAACUCUGGAGCCCCAUUAUUCAGCCAGGGCUGGAGAUCUCCAGGUGGAUACUGAACCAAGGGAAUGAUGAAGGGGUGGGAUUGGGUCUCCCCUGUAGCCCUAACUGUGGUGUUUGUUCACUCCCAGCUCUUGCUUCCCUUCACUCCUCCAGCUCAUCUGUCUUCCACAUGAUAUCCCUGCCCAGAGGCAGAUUAGAGUUUUUUGGGGCCCUCUCUACCCUUUCUGCCUCUGUCUCGGCAUCCUCCUCUGUGCUCGUGCUGGAGAGUGGGGGCUUCAACACUCACAGGCAGGAUCACCGGGCAGAUGCAGUGGGUUGGAAUAAAAAGUGCCCAUUUUCCAUCCUGUUGGCCCAGUGACCAGUUCACCACUACUCCUGCACCUUCCUGUAAGAUCCCCUGCCCAGCUGCCCCUCACUGCUCCUGUCCUGCUUCCCUGACCUGAUUCAGCACCUGCUCUAGUUGCUGUCCCCAGAGAGGCUGUGUGUUCCCAUGCUGAAGCCCUACUCCCCUGACAUUGAGGCUACAUCUAGACUGCAAGCUUCUUUCGGAAGAAGCUUUUCUGGAAGAGAUCUUCCAAAAAAACUUCUUCUGAAAGAGCUCGUCCACACUGCCAAAGUGCAUCGAAAAAGUGAUCUGCUUUUCCAAAGAUAGCGUCUCCACUGAAUGGACACUAUCUCGCCUUUAAGCUGUGAUUACUAUGGCUGGAGUGGCCAUCAGGGCACCUGUGCUUUUGCCUCUUUCUCUUCUUUCAAAAGAACCCCCUCUUCCCCGUGCACACACGCCUUAUUUCAGAAGAGCUCUUUCGCAAAAAGGCUUCUUCCUCAUAGAAAGAGGUUUACCAAUGUCAGAAAACCCCUCUGUUCUUUUGAUUUUUUUCGAAAGAAUGUGAUUGCAGUGUGGAUGUAAGUGAAGUUUUUCCAAAAAAACUCGGUAGUGUAGACAUAGCCUGACACAGUAUAGCCAGGCAACCCUUUGGCUUCCACCUCCUGUGUGCUGUCCCUUUCAAUUACUCAGGGUCUGGCUAUGCCUGUUGUGCUGGACUCGCUGCAGACUAGCAUGGAGCAGAUGCCCAGCCUGCACUCUCCCUCUGAGAUUCAGAAUAAAUGCUGGCCAGGCUGAGAAGGCCCCUGUGCUCCUUGCAGAUGGGAGAAUGACACAAGUGUGCCCGGAGGAUUGGGCAGGUGGGAUCCCCCCUGGACCUCAUCCACUUUCAGAAAUGUGGUGAGUGUGUUUCCUGCUGCCCUGGCAGGGCAAUCUUUGCAGGAAUGUUGAGUCUUUCAGUGACAUUCACCCUGUGGAGCAGGAGGGAUGAGCAAGCCCCUCUGCACCUUCCCCGCGUCCCUUUGCCAUCAUCCCUGAGUUAUAGCUUGCCCAGUGCUGGAUUCCAGUCCCGGAUGCUCUCCCACAUCUCUGCACACUGUGCCCAUCUAGCUCAACCCUUUCUCCUACUUGCCAGACAGCUGGCACCUGUCAACACAAGACAGUCGAAUCAUGUGACUGUGCUAGUUUGACCCCAAGUCCCAGCAUUCCAGAGACUUUCCAAAGGUCUCCCCCAAUGCACUGCUAGAAGAUUCCCAGAUUGUACAGUGCCAAGCCAUGGGGUAACACCUCCAGAAUGCUGGGUACUGAUGCAAGGAGAGAUGGGUCAAAGCUGGCGGCAUGGCUCUCCUGUUUUUGGAUUAGCUAGUCCGCAAAAGUCCAUAUUAUCAUCCAUCUCCCCUCCCCAUUAACAAGCCACUGUGAGUCCAGAAGCAUGUGCUGAACAGAACCCAAAUCUCCUGCCUAUUGGUCUUAUUUACUCUGUCACAGGACCAGCUAUAAGAUGGAGGCACUGCAACACGGUUAAACAUGCUCCACAGGGAAGAUAUGACCAGAGCAUGUUAGAACCAUGUUCCCCAAGUAUGCUAUUGUUAUUUACCAGCACCCCUUUGUGAAAGGGGAUUCCCAGACACCUAGAGCUGCCCACACUCUGAGGAGUAUACAGAGUGAGAGGACAAAUCAGUUUGCUUCACUUCCUACAGAGCUGGCUCUGUAAGAGGGAUUGAAAGCCAGACAGGCGAGAUCUUGGGUUGAGGAAUAUAGUUAAAAUCUGCUGAGCAAAGCCAAGCCAUGUUUGAUCUGUGUUUGUUGGGAGCUUGCCCAUGUCUAUGCAGCCUAGGCUGGGCUGGUUUUGGGCUAUGCAAAGUGGUGACUGGCAGGAUGAUCAGGAGGGAGAGCAGCACUUCUUCUGCUGAGUGGACACAGGGAUUGAAAAGACCCUGCAUUGAGCGUAAGCCUGUACUUUGCAGAGAGGCUCGGGGGGAGCCGUUCUGUACUUGCCCAUGCCCAGCCACUGGGGUUUUGCAAUCUUGACUGAAAUUCCUAACACAUGUUGUUUAUCAAGAGAACUUACAUAAGACAUCCCACGUGACCCUUCCACUGUGUUCUCUGCUCAUUGUUCCUGCUGCCCAUGUGCCCUGCAGUCACGUCCAGCUGGCAGCAUUUCCUGAGCAUCCCAUUGCUCCAGCCCUGGCAGAGCAACACGCCAGGGGUCAGUAUCCUGCUGGAUUCCACUUCCCUGCAACAGCAGGCAGAUAACUGCCAGGCACAGAGCACCCAUGUCUGUCAUCAUCCUUUGGAGAGUCAAGAUGCUAGUCUGCCCCUUGCACUUUCAGUUGUGGCUUUUUUCAUUGUCUGUCCCAAAUGUGCGGCAUGUUGCUGUGUCCUGCCAAACGGCUGCCAUGGUCCUCCCCAGAGGUGGUUGUAAUUCGGUGAUUCUAAUACAAGUACUUUGGGCUCCGCUGUGAUUAACAUUCA